CAGCAGGACAUUCGGCCUUGGCCUGCGGCAGCAUCCACAACAUUACAUCUCUUUCAUCGUUUACUUGCUCCGCUUCCAUUAUUUUGUGUUUUACUACAACACUGUGCAACAUAAUACUUAUUAUUGCGAUAUUGGGAGAUAAAAAAAAUGUUUUUAAAAUGUCUAUUUUUUAUAAAUUAAUACUAAACAGUGCAAUUGCUGAUCUUUUGAUUGGAACUGUGGCUGAUAUUACAUCGAUUUCAUUUCAUUUUAAAGAAGCUAUGAGAAUUAAGAUUUACCCUAAGGAUAUUAAGUUACUUCAUUUAGAGCUUUUUGUUUUAAGUAAUACUUCCAUUUUAUCCAUGGCGUUGUUAUGUAUUGAUCGAAUAUUUGCAUUAAUGAAGCCAAUAGCUUAUUAUAGAAGUUCAUUAUCUAACCGAAUGAGUUAUUUAGUUCUUGUUGCUACUUGGGUAGUUUCAGGUCUUCUUGUGAUGCCUUAUUUUUCAGUAGGAUACAUUACGUAUCUCGGAAUUUUUGCAUUUACAACCAUAACCAUAGCUUGUAUCUCUCUGAUAUCAGUUGUUUAUCUUUACAGAACUAAGUUUUCUGUUUAUUGCAACUUUAAUAAGUCGUGUAACGUCGUUUACGAAGCCAAUAAAGAUAAUUCCGUAAACAAAAACUCAAAUCAAAAUUCGAUAAACGUAAUUUCAAUAUCAAACAUUGUUGAGAGCAAAAAAGCAAAAACCGAAACUACUAAGAGUAAAGACUUGAAACAGAAAACCGCAGAGCAAAAAGUCAACCAAUCUUUUAUUAUAAUGUUAAUAGUAUUUUUACUGACUUACAUGCCAGCAUGCUGCAUGACUAUAUAUAUGAACGUUUGCAUGGAAUGCAACUGUACUGUAGUUCAAGCUUUCAGAGAUUGCGUAUAUCUUGCGUUACUAUCUGGUUCCUUGUGGAGAUCUCUAAACUUUGGGUAUAAAAUUACAACUUUGAAUAAAAAUAUAAAAGAAAUGUUGUCUUUUGGACACAGCAGUGCUAGAAAAAAAAGUACAUAUCAAUUAUAAAAAUAUUUUUCUGAACAGAAACAUUUCAGUAGCAUUCAACAAGAAAAAUGUUGAAAUAAGUUUUAAUAGAAAAAGACGCUAAAAAUAAAUAACAAAAAAAAUUCCAAAAGUAAUACAGAGGUAGAAAUAUUGUAGAAAUAAAUUGCAAAGUUAUAUUAAAUCUAAAUUAAAAAAAAAUUAGAUGAACAUCAAAAUAAAAAUCAGUCAAAUAAAACGACAAUAUUUCCGACUUAGUUCCAACGUUAAUAAAAUGGAAGCAAUAAUUAAAGACAGGCUUUUAAUACUUAAAGAAAUAUCGAACAGCAGUUGCGCAACAAGCACGUUUUAUGGUUAAAAUCCAUUUUUUUAAAUGAAUUUCUCUAUAAGUAAUAUUAGAAUUGGAUUAUUUUGUUUGCUUAAAGCGUUUUUCGUAAAGAUCGUAAAAUUUCUUUUUAUUUUCUCUUGAAUAUUUGCAAUUUAAUUUUUUUCGUUUCUUUUUUUAUACUUUCUACAAUUCUUAUAGAGGGUUAUAAUUUUAUCUUCUCUCAUGUUUCUAGCCUUCUAUAAUCGGUUAUUUAGUACGUUUACUAGAGAUGUGGUUAUUACGAUCAUAUAACCAUUUUGUUGAUAUGUUUUUCUCAAAGAGGGCGUAAACAGAACUAACUUUUUUAGGAGGUAUAAGUUUUUCAAAUCUUUUUUUGAAAGCCCUCCUUAUCAAUUUGGCUUUUUUGCAUUGAAUAGAGGGGUGUGUCAAAUUUUCGAUUGUGCAAAAACCGUUUCAGUUUCUUAAGUUUAUGCGCCUUCUGUUUUACCUAUAACCUUGAUUUUUUUCAAAUGUUGCAAAGUAUUAAGAAACGUGAGAGAGUCGUGAGAAAUUUAGAAUUUUACUACCGUACAAUUUUUCUAAUUCGAAACUCCUGAACUUAAAAACCUCUAUUUGUGAUCAAAUGCAAAGUCACCGUGAAAACCGCUCAAAAAACUUUUACUUUUAACUUUUUAUAAAUCGAAUCUCGAUAUUUCGAAAGCCUCUUCAUUUCGCAUGA